UCGUUCGCUCAUGUCACAUCCAUCCCCAGUCCAGCCCUUCACUCCCUCACUGCAGCUGACAGCAUCACGUUGACCUGGAAGACCACAACCAAGGCAUUGAACCUUCACCGUGGCCUCAAAUUUUAGUCUGCUGUAUCGCGACUCCCUCGAACAUAGCCUCCGCAAAGCUGGCAGACGAUCAGCGCUGUUGACGCGGUCCAUAACAAAUGCACGCCCUAAGGCAGAAAUGCCGUCCGAAGCAUCAAGUCCUGAUCCUGAAAUGCUAUCCAAGAACAACCAAAGGCGCCGUCGACGUAAAGCCCAAUUCGAGCGAGCUCAGCUACCUCCUUUACUAUGCGACGACUCGGCGGAGUAAGGUGCAGAAGGUCGGCGCAUUUCUGGAGAAGAAGACUGCGAGUGAUGUAUGGAGGGCACGGAUAGGAAAUGUGCAAGUCACACUUCAAAUUCUGGCUGCCUUGAUCGAGAAGGCCCCGAGGGACCUUCCGCUAUUUGCGCCAUACGUUCUGAAGAUCCUGAACAUAAUUCUCCGGUCCCGCGAUAUUACCAUGGUCGAAUCUUCCAUCCCAACUUUCGAUGCCUUCUGCGAAAAUCAUGAUGGAGCGUCACUUUCGGCUGAUCAGGAAUACUUGAAUCAAUAUGAGGAAAUUGUCCGGAUAUACGCGUCUUUUGCCUCGACGAGGCCCCCGCCCACAAAACCCCCAACUAGCGCUCCAGUAGCUAUGCGAUGGAGAAGUGUAGGACUGGAAGCAAUCAAAAGCGUAGCUUCCUCCGAAGCUUUGGCGUCACUGGCAGGAAGACAACUGGAUGUGGUAGUGCCUAUAUUGCUAGAAAACUUGUGGACGGAUAACCUUGAUUUCAUCGACUUACUGGAGCACAGAGCGCAGCUAGAGGAGAAGAUAGACACAGAGAAACUUUUACGAAGGCGGACGAGUAUUGCGACUGUGCGGACAGUGGAAACUGCGACUGAAGUAAAUGCGGCGGCUCUGUCCGGAACAACUGCUGAUGCUGACAAAGUCGCCGAAGAGGAUAUCGGAGUUCUUGCCCUCCAAUGUUUGAAGCAAAUAUUUGUGGUCAACAAUCGGUCCCAGAUUCGUGGAGCUACGAUAGCUUCGCUGAAUUUCAUCGCAGAUAGAGUAGCCCAAGGAGAAGCUGUGAUCGAGCCAACACCAAGAGCAGGAACAUAUCAUGGCUGGGCAACCAGAAUAUUUGAGAUGACAGCGCGAUGGAGUCCCGUCCAAGACCGAUAUGUCAUUCUCGUGACGGCAAUGGAUACCUUGAUUCACAGCACUUUGAUAGAGGAGAAUCUCCAACAGCAGCUGGUUCUUGUUACGAUGAUCGACUCUUUACUCAAAUCCGACAUCAACCUCAUCGGACUUAGUGUGAUGGACGUACUAUUGGGGUUGAUUCAGCACGUUCUGAGGGUGCUCCAACUAAAUGCAUUGCCGCAUGCACAACAAAAUUACGGGAGUGAGGCGGGAGACCCUUCACCGGCUACCAGUGUCGGCGCUAUUGGCGAAAUGGUGACAGUACCGACGACCUUGAGGAGAGACCUCCUAGCCAGACUCCAGGACUGCAUUGGGGAUUUAGCUACCCAUGUCUAUUAUGCCGAUCAAAUAUCGGACAUGGUUUCUGCUAUUCUAUUGAGACUCAAACCAUCAACACUCUCUGGAGUUCCGAACGCUGCUGCAGCUAUAGAGAAUCCCAACGCUACGACAUCAGCGCUGGCUUCUGUUGGAGAUCUAACAGAGGAUCCGAACACCGAUGGUUUCUUCUCUUUCGAUACCGCAAAAGUCAAAGCGCUUGAAGCCAUCAAAUUAAUUCUUCUUGUCGCAAGCCAUCGCAAUAGCAUGACUGGCGUUGGAAGUCUUGCGAGGAACCGUGUGCCGGUGCGAGUUUGGGAGGGAACACAAUGGCUAUUACGCGAUCCUGAUGGCCGUGUGCGCAAGGCAUAUGUGGAUGCUUUGUUAACAUGGCUUGAUCAAGAAAUGAAUAAGUCGGAUCUUCGAGCGUUUGAGGAGAAACCCAAAGGGCUGACAAAAACGACCCGUGACGAUUCAGCAAUCAAUCUAACAAAACGGGCUGUUUCAAAUGCUUCUCACAAGCCUCCAAAGUCUACGCGGACCUCAUUUCUACAGUUGCUGCAUCUCGCGGUAUACGAGAAUGCUCUGCAAUAUGUGGACAGCGAAUCUGAUAUCAUUCUUUUACAUCUUUUGCUGGCGAAUCUUGUGGAGAACUUAGGUGUCAAUGCUGUCCAGAGUGGACUUCCUAUGAUCUUCCGCCUCCAGGAAGAUAUUUUAGAAAUCGAAACUCCAUUGGCAAAGAUUCGGGUUGGGAGCUUGUGUCAUGGAUACUUCUGGACUCUUAGUGAAAAGUUCGAUUUCGAUUCUUCGCCUAUUGGACGAGCAAUACACAAUGAGAUCCAUCGACGACGAGGCAAAAUGUUCUGGAUCGACAGAAUCCGACAUCCCCCGAUACCGUUGGAUCAGAUUGCGACUCCGGGUCAAGCCACACCCCAACAAGCACUUCCUAUCGAGGAGAUUGAGACGGAAUCGCUCCGACCAUUUGACGAUCGAUUUCAGAUGGUCAAGCUCAUUUCACUAUCAUACGCUGAAUCUUUGGCAACUUCACAGGCAAGCCCGCCCACAUCUCCUGGCCGAGUCUUCAGUCACCCUAUCCUGGGCUCGCCCGGUGCCUCAGGGGAAGGGGACUUGACAAUGCCGGAUAAGAUCAAGGAACAAAUGAUGUCUGAGUGGAGCAAGGAAUCUGUGAUUGCUGUUGCUCAAGAAGGCAGUAAGACUGUAUCACUGAACGGCUCGAGAUCAGGCACAAAUGCUACUGGGCAUCGAAAUUUCCUGGCAGUCAAUGGGAACGUGGGCAAUGGAGGCUCAAGUGGUGGUACACAAUCGCCUCCUGGCCGUCACCAUACUCACAACAGCAGGCCAAAUUCAACAUAUGGCCUCGUUGGAGGUCUUGGGGCUUUGCAGAAGCUUAGGAAGGGCAGUGGACACUCACCAUCCCCUGCAAGCGAGUCGAGUCGCAACUCAGUCACCAGAGUAGAACAAUUAAAGCGAGUUCUCUCUGGGCAGCAGAGCCCUCUUCCUGGAACAAGAGCAGGUGUAGCCGACAGCGACGCAAGUAGCGAAAGCAUGGUCAGCUACGAGUUCAGCGCUUCAGAGGUAUCCUUCAACCCCAUUCCUCAGACAGGCCCACCAAUGGAACGAUCAGCCUCUCUACGUGAGCCUCGCGAACGCUCAAGGUCCAAAUCCCGAGAUCGAGUCGCUGGAGUAGGAGAGCAUUCACGUCCCCUUUCAUCUCAUCCUGUCCUACUGAGAACAGACCAAAACGUGCCUCCCGAGCUGGAAAGGGAGGAAGAUCUCGAUUCUGUCCCACCCGUACCACCGCUCCCCUCUUCCCUCAAAAAGGACCAAGACCCCGCCAUCCCAGAUAAUAUCCGCAAAGGGCGCAGUGUGCGGCGGUCUGAAAAAGGUCGAGAUCGAAACCAAAGCUCCUCGUGGGGUGAAGCAGCUGGUGGUCCGGUGGUGGACUUGGAGAGCUUGCUGAAUGGGAUUGAAGCCGAAGGCGCAGAUACAAAGGGUAAUGUGAGCAGACCACCUUAUUGAUUGAAAUGUGGAGUACAUAUCUGUAUUUAAUUUGGAGAAAGUGAUGGAAUGGAUCAUUGAAUUCACGGCUUUCGGUGAUGUGUAUUAUUAGUUCUAGAGAGGGUUGCAAAGCAAUAAAGCAUGGCGCAGGGUGGUUGUAUAAAAUUCUUUGAGCGCCUUGAAUGCGUGCAGCUUGAUUGAG